AUGGGGCACGCAUUGACUAAGAAUGAGAAAAUGCUGGUAACUAUGAUACAGCGUAUGUUAACUAAAUCAGGGUUUCGGACAUCAGUUACAGAUGUGGAGCAAUUUAUUGCCUUCUUAAAGAAGACCAGCCCUUGGUUCGUUGAGGAGGGAUCAUUGACUGUGGAUGAAUGGAAGAGAGUGGGGAAAGAGAUGCGUAAAUAUGUACAGGUUAAUGGCGAGAAAACUCUGCCUCCCCAAGCAUUUCAAUUAUGGUUCCAUUUAAGGGACCUCUUAUCAGAUACAACCCCAUUUCAAGGACUUUGUAGGGAGACUGCCUCUGACCCGGGGGAAUCCCCCAUUUAUGAUGAAGUGGGUCCAGAGGAUGGGGAUGAGGAAGAGCUUAUACCACUCACUGCCUCUGCUCCCCCCGUGCAGUAUAGUACCAGGAAAAUAAAGAAAAAUGAUGAUGAUUGGGGUCUUGAUGAUCAACAAGCAGAACAGGAAUGGGAGGAUGACUAUAGAGAUCAUUCUGACAAUCCUCGAUCUCUUAAGGUAAUUGGUGCUGCAGCCGGUCAGCGGCCCAUGCCAAAGCCAAGAAAUCACCCCCCUUUGCCUCCUGUUGGCUUCCAAGGAGCCAUGGCCGAGGCUCGCAGGACGGGUGAUGCCUCCUUUGGAAUUUUCCCUGUCACAGAACUAUGGGAUGAUGAGGGACCUGUAUGGGAGCCUCUCCCCUUGAAGGUCUUGAAAGAAUUACAAUCUGCUGUAAAGAAUGUUGGUGCUUCUGCUCCUUAUACGCUGCAGAUUGUGGAUGUGGUUGCCAGUUCUUGGUUGACACCUUAUGACUGGAUGCAAACUGCAAAGGCCACUCUCAGUCCUGGAGACUAUAUUCUCUGGAGGACUGAAUAUGAAGACAAAAGUAGGGAGUCAGUGGUACAAUCACUUAAGAAACGUGGGCCCAAGCCCACUAUGGCAAUGCUUAUGGGGACAGAGGAUUACGCCACCCCACAAUCACAGACAAAGAUACCUAGAGAUAUCUUGCAAUUGAUAACAACUAACGCCGUACAAUCAUGGCGAAAAAUUCCCCCUCAGGGAACCAAGGGAGGAGCAUUGGCUAGUAUUAAACAAGGUACUGAAGAAUCCUACCAGGAUUUUAUAGCUAGGCUUGAGGAAGCUGUCUCUAGAAUGCUCCCCCCCUCAGAAGGGACGAGUAUUCUAUUGAAGCAGUUAGCAUGGGAAAAUGCCAAUGCUCUAUGUCAAGAUCUGAUUAGAUCAAUAAGAAAAACUGGAACCCUCCAGGACUACAUAAAAGCAUGUCAGGAUGCCUCACCGGUUGUAGUGCAAGGAAUGGCCUACGCCGCAGCCAUGAAAGGACAGAGAUUUAGCGCCUAUAUCAAACAGACAUAUGGGAAUGGCAGGAAAACUGCCCAAUCUCCAACUUGCUUUCAAUGUGGAAAGGAAGGACAUAUGCAAAAAGAGUGCAGACAGGGAAACAGAGCCAGACCUAAAAAGGGGGCUCCUGGCCUAUGCCCUCGCUGCAAGAGAGGAAAACAUUGGAGAAACGAGUGUAAAUCAAAGUUCCAUAAGGAUGGAACGCCCCUAGGAAAAGGGGGCUCUGAUGAUGAACAGGAAGAGACAAAAAACUAA